AAUUGUUAUCUCCAGUAUUUAAGAAGAAUGACAAUUUGGAAUGUACAGUUCAAAAAUUUCCUCGAUUUGUGAGCACAAAAGUGAAAACAAUGAAAUCUUUAAUUGUUCUUGCAUGCGCUUUCGUCGCAGCAAAUGCUAUUUCCAAGGGGGUCAUCGAACAAUUUGUUAAUCAAGUUAAAGAUAUCGGUGGAAAAUGUAUUGGCGAAACUAACGCCAAACCUGACGAUAUAGGCUCACUAUUGUCCCACAAAAUACCUGACUCUCACGAAGGCAAAUGUCUGUUGUUUUGCAUUCACAAAGGCUUCAAUUUUCAAAAUGCUGAUGGUAGUUUGAAUGGACAGGGAGCAUUGAAAAUGCUGGAUCCACUAAAAGAGGAUGAUCCUGAGGCCUACGAAAAAUUAAGAAAUAUUGCAAUCACCUGUGGUGCUAAGGUUACUAUUGACUCUGAUCCUUGCCAGACUGCAUCAAAUAUAGCACAAUGUGUAUUUGAUGAGGCUAAAGCUAAUGGAUUUUCCAGUGACAUGUUCGAAAUUUAAUUCUUUUUUACACAAUCAUUUUAUGUUAUUAUAUUAUUAAUCAUAUUAUUUUAACUGAAUAAUAAAUAAUGAGUAGCUUGAA